AUGUCGCGCUCUCUGCCGAAGCGAAACAACCCUCUCAUCCUCGCCGAACAGGCUCCUUCUUUCGAAGAGCUCCUCGCGCGCCGCCGUCUGGGGAAGACCAACCUCGCCGUCAAGGCCUCGUGGAUCGGUACCUCCAAUGCGACCAAGCCUGAGAACUUGGGUCUCUUUGAGUAUGCCCACCUCCGGGCUCCGCUCCCUAAAGACCUCAAGGGCUCUGAGAUCUUCCCAUCCCACACCCCGCAGCAGCACCCCGAGACAUACUUCCUGAUGCGGAGGAGCAAGGACGGAUAUGUCAGCGCCACUGGCAUGUUCAAGAUCGCAUUCCCUUGGGCCAAGCUGGAUGAGGAGCGCUCUGAGCGAGACUACCUCAAGACCCGGGAGAAUACGAGUGAAGACGAGAUCGCCGGCAAUGUGUGGAUCUCCCCCUGUUCGGUAAGCACAUACCGUCUCCCCCGGCCAUCCGCAGCAGCUGACAGACAGCUCCCAGCUCUCGAGCUCGCCAAGGAGUACAAGAUGUACGACUGGGUUCGCGCGCUCCUCGAUCCCACCGACAUUGUCCAGAGCCCUUCUAGCGCAAAGAAGCAUAUCACACCACCGCCCAAGUUUGAGCUCCCGGAAUCGGACGCCGUGCCAUCUUCGAUCUCCGCAUCCCCGUCGCGCCGGAGCCGCCGGUCAGUCUCGCCCAGCAAGAAGUCUCCAUCCAGGGCCCGCGGUUCUCGGGCCAAGAAGGAAGUCCCGCCUACGCCAUCAACAACUGCCGCCAAUGCCACUCUUCAGUCAGCUCUGAACAUGGACGCAGAGUCUGUCAAUGAGACUAUUGAGAGUGUGGAAGAGGAUAUCGAGGCCAAGACCGUUGGGUCCCCGAAGAAGACCAAGGGUCGGAAAUCUAAGAAGGAUUCCACCGUGGAGCCUGAGGACAAGAAGGCAGAGAAGGCCGACAAGAAGAAGAAGAAGAAGGCCGAGAAGCAUGAUGAUGCCAAGCCGAAGACCAAGACCGAGAAGACGACCGUUUCAGUUGAUGCGCCGAUCACCUUGCCCGAGGUCCCGUCUGCUGAAGAGACCAAGGAGAUGAUCGCCAAAGCGAAGGGAAUGGUACAAGAAGCUAUCAAGACCGACGGUGCUGCCGUGAAGUCAGCCUCCGCCAAGGUCACCAAGAAGCGCAAGGGCGAAGACCUCAGCGAGGACGAGGAUGAGGAGACUGGGGCCGAGCGCGCGAAGAAGGCUAAGCUAUUGGAAGAUAAGCUCAAGCGCGAGCGUGUUCGCAACCGCGCGCUGGUUGGCGUUUCUGCCGCCUUUGCUCUAGCUGCUUCGAUCCCCUAUUUCUUCUAA